CCCAGGCACCUUCCCCCCAGCCUCAGCUCAGGCAUUCCCAGCCCCUCUGUGCGCCGGAGCCCAGCGGGGGGAUGGCGGCGGGGAGGAAGGUCCUGACCCUGGACUCCGUGAAUCCGUGUGUCAAAGGCGCCAGGCUCCCCACGCUGGGGCCCCUGCUGGAGAGGGCCUCGGAAAUCCAGCGCCAGCUGGCGCAGGGAGAGGAGAAGCCCUUCCGGGAGGUUAUCUGGUGCCACUCGGGGGACCCCCACGCUGCAGGCCGAAGACCCAUCACCUUCCUACGCCAGGUGAGGAGCAAGGAUCCCCCCUGCAGCCCCUGGGGAGAGCAGAGACCAGCAGGACCUUCUGGGAUGCCCCCCACGUCCCCUCCUGCCGCACCCCGUGUGGGAGGGAGCAGCCGGUGGGAAAGCCCCAGCCGGGUUCCCCCCGCCCAGCUGCAAUGCAGACAGCAGCCUCCUGCCCAUCCCUGCCCCCGGUGCCAUGCG